AUGAGGGAAUUAGAUACUGAAACUCCUGUUGUAUGGCCAGCUUGGGGUUAUCAAUCAGACAAACGUUGUUUGUGGACAACAAAAGGAAGAGAAGAUAGAAAAGAAAUAUCGCAGCAAAUCAUCUUUCAAUCGAAUAAAAUACAAGAAAUUGAGAAAGGUUUUUGUGCCGUUUGUGGCUCGCACACGGCGAUCCUAACAGAAUCGGUUUUAAAUUACGGUGAGAGACAAAAUGAGGGGGAGAAGGAAGAACCAGAAACCGUGUACGCGCACGAGCGAUAUCUUAUAUCGUGA